AUGCAGCCAUUGACGCGCGUAUCCAGCGGCAUCAGAUGGCUGUCGAGUCGCCCUCUCGCGCUCCCCGUCAAGCUUCUCCUCGUGCCUGCUGGCCGCAACCGUCGAUACAUCUCGUGUAAUGCGCAAAGCGGAGGCUCCUCUAGCGGGGACAAGAAGAAGCUUGUAUUUCUCGGGUCGCCUGAGGUGGGUCGGGCGAGGAAGAACCGAGACAGCUAUGGCUGGACGGCAGAGUGUGCAGCGCCCCGCCUCACUGCGCUGCUGCUCACUACACGUCUGUGCACAGCUACCCUUCCUCUCGUCGCCUCUUCUCCUCCGCGCCAUCCCACCGCGCGCCUCUCCUCACGCCGUCCCUCCGCGCGCCUCUCCUUCGCGCCAUCCCUCCGCGCGCCUCUCCUCCGCGCCAUCGCUCCGCGCGCCUCUCCUCUGCGCCAUCCCACCACGCGCCUCUCCUCCGCGCCCCUCAUUUCCCCUGCCAUGUUCGCCGCUUCGCAGUGUCUUCGUGCGCCCCACAUCCCCGCUUCACCCCAGCCAAUCCCCCCUUCGCUCUACUCCUUUGCGCCCUCCGCCUCCCCUCCCCCCUUCCCUGCCUCCCCUCCUCCCCUCCUCCCUGUCUCCCCUCCUCCCCACCUCUCCUCCGCCCCUCCUCCCGACCUCUCCUCAUCCCCUCCUCCCCCCUCCCUGCCUCCCCAAGUCUCCACCUCCCCCUCUUCUCCUCCUCCAUGUUGCAGCGGGGGUGCCGGAUUGACUGCUCCCCGCCCCCUCCCCUCCCUUUCUGUCCUUCUCCCCAUCCCCUCCCCUCCCUUUCUGUCCUCCUCCCCAUCCCCUCCCCUCCUUUCUGUCCUCCUCCCCGCCCCCUCCCCUCCCCCUCCCCUCCCUUUCCGUUUUGCUCCCCCUCCCCUCUGCUCCUGCGCGCACAG